GCCCCUCGCGGGCAGGUAAAGGUGGCCGCGGCCGCUGGAGCCCGGGAGGUGUCGCGCGCCGCCGAGGAGAAUGAGGCUCGCCGUCUGCGCCCUGCUGUGCGCGGGGGCCCUGGGGCUGUGUCUGGCUGCCCCUGAGAAAACUGUGAGAUGGUGCGUCAUUUCAAGUCAUGAGGCCAAUAAGUGCGCCAGUUUCCGCGACAAUAUGAAUAAAGUCCUUUCAGCGGAUGGUCCUCAAGUCACCUGUGUGAGGAGAACCUCUUACCUUGAGUGCAUCAAGGCCAUUGCGGCAGACAUAGCAGAUGCUGUGACCAUUGAUGGAGGUUUGGUGUUUGAGGCAGGCCUGGCCCCCUACAACCUGAAGCCCGUCGUGGCAGAAUUCUACGGAUCCAAAGAUGAUCCACAGGCUCACCAUUAUGUCAUAGCCGUGGUGAAGAAGGGCAGCAAUUUCCAGCUGAACCAGCUCCAAGGCAAGAAGUCUUGCCACACAGGCCUGGGAUGGUCUGCUGGGUGGAACAUCCCCAUCGGGAUACUUCUUUCCUCUGACCCAGUCGAAAAAGCAGUGGCCAAGUUCUUCGCGGGCAGCUGCGUCCCCUGUGCGGAUCAGAAGGCCUUCCCCAAACUGUGCCAACUGUGUGCGGGGAAAGGGCCGGACAAGUGUGCCUGCAGCUCCCACGAACCGUACUUCGGCUACUCGGGGGCCUUCAAGUGUCUGCAGGACGGUGUGGGGGACGUGGGCUUCAUGAGGCAUAUGACGGUAUUCGAGAACCUGGCUAACAAGGCUGACAGGGACCAGUACGAACUGCUCUGCAGGGACAACACCCGGAGGCCUGUGGAUGAGUACGAGAGGUGCCACCUGGCUCGGGUCCCUUCGCAUGCCGUCGUGGCCCGAAGCGUCGGUGGCAAGGAGGACUUGAUCUGGGAGCUUCUCAACCAGGCCCAGGAAAAUUUUGGAAAAGACGAGUCAGUCCAGUUCCAGCUGUUCGGCUCUCCUCAUGGGAGGGACCUGUUGUUUACAGACGCUGCUGUUGGGUUUCUAAGAGUCCCGCCUAAGAUGGAUGCCAAGCUAUACCUGGGAUACAAGUAUUUUUCUGUCAUGCGGCAUCUACGCAGAGACCCAGAGGCAGAGGACCCCCAGAGGGUGAUGUGGUGCGCAGUGGGCCAGCAAGAGAGGGCCAAGUGUGAUGAGUGGAGUGCCCUGAGUGGUGGCAUCUUGGAGUGCACCAUGGAGGAGACCACCGAGGGCUGCAUCGCUGCUGUCGCGAAAGGAGAGGCCGAUGCCCUGACCUUGGAUGGAGGCUUCAUCUAUACAGCGGGCAAGUGUGGUCUGGUGCCGGUCCUGGCAGAGAACUACUUGUCUCAAGAUGGCAAAGAGCAGCUUGGGUCUAAGUGUGUGAACACACCUGUGGAAGGUUAUUACGUGGUGGCAGUGGUCAAGAAGUCAGAUGCCGACCUCACCUGGAACUCUCUGCGAGGCAAGACGUCCUGCCACACUGCAGUUGGCACUUCUGCAGGCUGGAACAUCCCCAUGGGUUUCAUAUACAACCAGACCAGGUCCUGUAAAUUUGAUGGAUUCUUCAGGCAAAGCUGUGCUCCUGGGUCUGAUCCAGCAUCCAGUCUCUGUGCUCUGUGCAGCGGCACGCCCGCCCACACGUGUGCUCCCAACAGCCGCGAGCAGUACUACGGCUCCAGUGGGGCGCUCAGGUGUCUGGUUGAGAAGGGAGACGUGGCCUUUGUGAAGCACCCCACGGUCCUUCAGAACACUGAUGGAAAGAACCCGGAAGCCUGGGCGAAGAAUCUGAAGAAGGAGGACUUCCAGCUGCUGUGCCUUGAUGGCACCAGGAAGCCUGUGACCGAGGCUCAGAGCUGCCACCUGGCCGUAGUCCCAAGUCAUGCUGUGGUCUCAAGGAAAGAUAAGGCAGAUUUUGUCCGCAGAAUGCUCUUCAACCAACAGGAGCUCUUUGGAAGAAAUGGGUUCGAAUACAUGAUGUUCCAGCUGUUCAAGUCCUCAGCCAAGGAUCUGCUCUUCAGCGAUGACACAGAAUGUCUGGCUAACCUUCAGGACAGAACAACUUAUCAAAAAUACUUAGGGCCAGAGUAUCUUCGGGCUAUUGCUAACAUGAGACAGUGCCUACCCUCUGAACUUCUGGAUGCCUGCACGUUCCAUGGAAACUAAAAAUUGAUCAAAGUGGGCAACCUCAGAGAUGCUCAGAGACUGCAAAUACAGUGGGGCCACAUUCUCACUUGUCUGCAUGGUGUGUGCGUGUUAACAUCAGUUAUCUUUAUAAUUGUGUACCCUAACUGAUGCAAAAAUUAAAAUGAAUAAAAAUUAUUGCAUCUCUUCAGAAAA